CUGCUGAUUAAUUUUCUCGGUUCGUGAUUAUCCAACAUUGGUGUUCCUUUCUUGUCCCAAUUUCCUUAGAUCUCUUAAACUGUGAAGUUACAUUUCUGAUUUUUCUCUAUUUAUCAUAACAUUCCAACACAGGCAUUUUCCUCCGAUUUAUCAUUGUUCUUUGUGAGUCUGGUUUGUAUUUUGAGAUCAGAUGGGGGAAAGGACACAAUCGCAGUACGUGAAGCUGAAGAAGGAUCAAGUUCCUUUGGAAGAUAUCACGCCUGGUGAACUGAAUCAGCCAAUUGAGGUCCCUCAGUUGGCUGUUCACAAGUGCAUGGAAUGUGGGCAGCCAUUACCUGAAAGCUAUACACCUCCUGCUGAUGAAGCAUGGAUGACUGGGAUCUUUGGAUGCGCUGAAGAUAGGGAAAAUUGCUUGACAGGACUAUUUUGUCCUUGCGUAUUAUUUGGGCGCAAUGUAGAAAGCUUGCAUGAAGAAACUCCUUGGACUGGACCAUGCGUUUGUCAUGCUAUUUUCAUCGAAGGUGGCAUUGCUCUGGCAAGCGCAACUGCGAUCUUUAAUGGUUACAUUGAUCCAGGGACAUCAUUUCUCAUUCUUGAAGGCUUGUUUUUUACCUGGUGGAUGUGUGGCAUUUACACUGGUCAGGUUCGGCAAAACUUACAGAAGAAGUAUCACUUGAAGAACUCACCUUGUGAUCCAUGUUGUGUACACUGCUGCAUGCACUGGUGUGCCUUGUGUCAAGAGCAUAGGGAGAUGAAGGGAAGGCUCUCUGAAAAUGCUCUCUCAGGGACAACCAUUGUAAGUGCUCCUCCCAUUCAAGAGAUGAAGUCUAGUGAUAACAAGGACAAUCCUGAAACCUCUUCUUCUUCAGACAAGAACCAUGAGCAUACUGGUUUGGAACUGCAAGUUGUAUAGGGUGUUGGUGUUAACCUUGUUAAUAUCCAAAAGAAUGAUGACAUGUAGUCUGAAAUUUUGCUUGCUAGAGAAUAACUUUCUUGCACCUUUGAGUUGAGUUCCCUGUUUAACAUUGGACUUGUGGGUCACACAUAAACCACACCUUUGCUCUCUAGUGCCAAUUUAAAUUGAGUUCACAUGUAUGUAUUUAAGUCAAAUUAUUUUUGGCUUCUUCUGUUGUUGGCCAUGUAAGUUUCUUGAAAGAUGAUGCUCUAUUCACAGAUUCAGGUGACUUUUGCUCACUUUUCCUGGGAAAAGCUUGAAAACUUAAUAUAAA